CUUUCUCAUGUAAUUGUGUAACUGAAUGUUGAUAAUAAGAUUUAUAUCUCCGUGCCAUUAAAAUUCUUUAAUCUUUAAAUCACCAUAAAAGUAUGUCUCAAAGAAGUCUUACUUUUGUGACAGGCAAUAUAAAAAAAUUGGAAGAGAUUAAGGCUAUCUUGGGUGCCAAUUUUCCUAUUGAAGUAACAAGUCAUAAGCUAGAUUUACCGGAAUUACAAGGAGAAAUCAAUGAUGUAUCGAUUAAAAAGUGCCAAGAGGCAGCACGUCGCUUAAGGAAACCUGUAGUUGUAGAAGACACUUGUUUAUGUUUUAACGCAUUAAAAGGGUUACCUGGUCCAUACAUUAAGUGGUUUUUAGAAAAAUUAGAGCCGGAAGGUUUAACGAGACUAUUAACAGGAUGGGAAGAUAAGUCUGCAGAAGCUGUUUGUACUUUCGCAUAUUGCUCUUCAGGUGAUAGUAAUGAUGUCAUACUAUUUCAAGGAAAAACAACAGGAACGAUUGUAUCUCCAAGGGGUACUCGCGACUUUGGUUGGGAUUGUGUAUUCCAACCAGAUGGCUACAACCUAACAUAUGCUGAAAUGCCUAAACACGAGAAAAACAAAAUAUCACAUAGGUAUAAAGCUUUAGACAAAUUAAGAACAUAUUUUAUACAGAAUUGUCAUUAGCUGUCUUAAAUAUAGUUGUAA